AUGACUACUUUACAAGAUAUAUAUGAUAAAAUUGAAGAAUUUAAGCCAGUUGUGAUAUCAUCGUUAAAAGAAAUUUCUGAACUAGAUAUAACAUGUAAAUCAAUAAUCGAACAUCAGUUAAAUAAUACCAAUUUAUUAAAUGCGACAUCGAUCAUUAAAAUCCAAGCUGUCAUUGAUUAUAUGUAUGAACAUGUUAAUAUAGGAAAUUGGAAAGAAGUGAGGUUAUACUUAAGAAAAACUAUAACUGUUGCGUCUUAUGUGCGCCUUCUGGGCCAUUUAAAAUGUAGUAACCAUCUGACUAAUGAUGUUAUUAAAGAAGGGCUAAAAAUUAUUGAUUUUGGCAUACUAUUUGGUUGUCCUAUGGAGACAGAGCCUACAUUGCUACAAGACUCUGCAUCAUAUCUUCAUAACGCUCUCACUCCUGAUGAUUUAAAACCCGAAGGAAAUAUACAAACUGGUUUGACUAGUGAUUUGGAAUUAAAAAAUAAAUUUAAUUGUACUGUAUUAGAUGUUAUAGACUGCCCAAGUAUGGAAACAUUUUUGAAAAAUUAUAUCCUCGCUGAGAAGCCAGUUGUUUUAGAUAACUGUAUCAAUCAUUGGCCAGCAUUAACUAAAUGGCAGGAUCAGAACUAUUUUAUCAAAUUGGCUGGUCUCAGAACAGUUUCUAUUGAACUGGGAAGAGACUACACCGAUUCAAAUUGGACACAAAAAUUGAUGACGUUAGAAGACUUCAUCAGAAAUCAUAUAUUUGCUGAAGGAGGAACAACAGGAUAUCUUGCCCAAUAUCAGCUAUUUGAUCAAAUUCCCGAGCUGAAAAAUGAUAUUAUUGAGCCAGAAUAUUGCUGCUUCUCGGAAGAAGAUGAGGAAGAACACAUAGACAUUAUGGCUUGGUAUGGACCCAAAGGCACUCUGUCUCCGCUGCAUCACGACCCCAAAAAGAAUUUACUCGCCCAAGUUGUAGGUGAAAAACAAAUCUUCCUUUUCUCACCUGAAGAUUCAGUUUAUUUAUAUCCUCAUGAACAUGAAUUGCUCAAUAACACAGCUAGAAUUGAUCCAAGGAACCCGGAUUUCAAAAAGUUUCCUAUGUACAAAGAGGCUAAAGGAUACUGUUGUGUGCUACGCUCCGGCCAAAUGUUGUAUAUACCGCCAAAGUGGUGGCAUUUUGUGGAAUCUUUGUCUGUCAGUUUUUCAGUUAGUUUCUGGUGGGAAUAA